ACAGAAACUCGCAGAGAUACACUACAUACGCCUAAUCUUAGUCCGUUUUCCACCGACAGCACUUAUGGUUCAGAAAGGGAAUUGGAUAGAAGAAGGGAUAAUUCUUCAGGAGAUGAAGAUGAAAGUAAAUCAUCGCUUUUAUUGAUUUUGCUUUUUUUUUGUAAUACACCACUAAAUUAGUACCUAUCUUGCCUUCGAGCAAUCAAGAUACACAUUUUUAUUUUUCGAACCUUUUAUCGGUUAAUCCUCGGCUCCCAGUGGAGUUUCCCUGAAUGCUUCUCGUCUAAUUGAUUUGUUCACGGAGGCACUAAAACAGAAACACACGCACGCCACCCGUAAUUUUUACAAAGAGCUGAAGCUCGAAUGUCAUCUUUUUGCCGAAAUGACUGCUUCUCUCAUUGCCAUUUUUUUCUCUAAGCGAUCAGUAACAUCUGUCACUGUUGGGAUGCCUUUCGCUCCAACUUCGAAAGGAUGGCCAACCGCUGAAAAUCCUGAAGGGAUUUUGAUUGAGUAAUGAAAGAUAUACAUAAAGAAGAACAAUGCUCAAAGAAAGGUCCAGAAAAAGUGGAGGUUAAUAAGGGUUAUUUGUAACUUUUGUGAGCCGCAUAACUUGGUUCCGACAGCCUGAAAGCACUCUACCCAGUAGUUAAAGCGUUUGCACGUGCACAGACAUUUGACCUCCGCAUUCUAGAGACCGGAGCCUCAAUAGUGUUUAAGUUAUUAAUCUCAAUUAAGAGAUGAAAAAUAGGGCUUGUUUGAACACUCUCGACUUGACCGUUUAAUAUGCUCUCAAGUGGUGGAUUUCUCCAUGAUGCAAGAGUGGCUAAGCUAUUAAGGAUGGCAAUAACGGGAAACAACGAUUUUUCGUAAUAACAGUGAACAAGAAAAUCACGAUAUUGAAUAAACCAGUUUUAAAGCUUAGAGGUCCUGCAGAGAAUUCCUGAUAGAACUUGAGAUGCUGGACAGAAAUGUUAACUUGGAACGCUGAUGAAGAACGAGCUGCUUGUCUGACCUUGAUUUUUGUUCAUUCCUAAAGUUUUGUUGAAAUGUUACAAUUUUUUCCCUUGUUCACUACACUGAUGAAGGACCUGUUCAUAUUUCAGGACUAGAAGACUUUCUUAAGGAGUGGCCGAAGUUAGCCGUAAAAAAGCACGACCUUAUACCGCCGACAUAUUCUUUUCUGGCCGAGGAAACACAGGGUAACCAUUGUAAUCCAUUUUUUGGGAAUUCUGUUUAUUCAAAUCUGCUUUCAAUAUCUGGGAUGGGCUGUAGUUCUUUGCAGACCUUAUUCUAUUGUUUAACAUUCAAUAAGGGCGAUGAGGAAAAUGUGCGCUCGUAUUUUAGUCGCAUGAAGGAUUUCUUAGUCAACAACUAUUUCAUUUGCUCGUAUUUUGACUUUGAACCUAGUUUUCAACAACAAUCUACGGCAUUAUCUGAUCAAUGUAAUACCGUCGCAUAUUUUGUGCCUUCUUUUGCCCUUGUUUGAUAAAAUUGCCUAGUGGGAUAUCACGAUGUCUUAGCGUUGGUUAAAACGAGGGUCAGAUAAAUUAUGCCGGCAUAGUUUGGAGCAUAGAGCUAUAGCCAGUGCAUCGAGCAUAAUGCCGGCAUAGUGACUAAACUGAUUUCGAUGAUGUUACAGCUGAACAAUCUGUAGCCUGAUUGCUGUUGGCAGUGAACCUGCUCCUUUUACUUGCACUUUGAGUUAAUCGGGCGAAAUGAUGUGUCCUGAGAUUCUUUAGGCCAUAGUUUCAUCCUUAGAAAGUUUUACCUUUAAUGGCAGGAGUGGAAGGGGGGGGAGGGGUGUGGGGAAGGAGUAGGUUGAAGUCUCUCAAAAGCUCAAAAAUUGAAUUAAUAAUUUUCAAAGGAGCAUGAUGAAAAAUUAUGAGCGUAAUGCCAUUUUUUCUGAGGUGACGCUCAAAAGCACAAUGCUCAAAUUUUCGUGCACACUUUUCUGGACUGGUAAACAAUCUGAGAAGUUUUGGUACGUGUUCCAUUCGUUUUGCCGUUUUCACAUUAUAGACAAACUCGUGAUGAAAUUGUUCAGGUUUGGUCUUCACUGCGGAUAACUUUAAUUCUGAGUUUAAAGUCCGGUUCGUGUAAACUCAGCCAAUAACGUCACUUUAGCCGUGAUGUUAUUGGCUUUAAGACUCAAUUGGCGUAAGUCAGUCGUGAUUGGUCAGUUUCGAUACGUCGGUACAGUUAGGUGGUACUGUUCGGAUCGUUUUAGAUGUAAAUAUCGUACAUAAGUCGUUUGUAUGAAACCGAUAGUAAUUGACACCUGUUUAGGGGAGUCUGUAUACCAGCUUUUCAGAUUCAGUCGUUGAAAGUAAUUAGUGCUGUGCAGAGUUCCAGUCAAUAGCAUGGUUCGUAAGUCGAUGAUGUUCAGCAAGUUGAUUGUUGACAUCACCUUUUCUUGUCACUCGGCUAAACUGACAAAUCAGCUUACACCAUGCAGUUUUACCACAUGCCGAACAAUCAAAGGGCAAUUCGUGGCUGUAAGCAAGAGUCACCUAUUUAAAGAAAAACUUUCAAAUGUUAUCGUUCAAGACAUACACGCAAGUAAAAAAACAAAAACGGAAUAGCGAGUUCUUUUCUUUUCUCCAAUUAACAGAUGUGUUCAAAGCAGAGGCUGGAAGAAAAAUAAAAAUCUUGAAGAGUUUCCCCGAAUGCUUCUCGUCUAAUUGAUUUGUUCGAUCUCACGAAGGCACUAAAACAGAAACACAUGCACACCACCCGUAAUUUUUACAAGGAGCUGAAGCCCGAAUGUCAUCUUUUAUAAUUUGCCGAAAUGACCGCUUCUCUCAUAGCCAUUUCUUUCUCUAACCGAUCAGAAACACCUGUCAAUGCUAAGAUGCCUUCCGCUUCAACUUCGAUAAGACGGCCAACCGCUGAAUGGAGGAGUUGGGGUGAGUAAUGAAAGAUAUACCUAAAGAAGAACAAUGCUCAGAUAAAGUGGAGGUUAAGGGUUUUCUGUAACUUUUGUGAGCCGGAUAACUUGGUUCUGACAGCCUGAAAGCACUCUACCUAGUAAUUAAAACGUUUGCACGUGCGCAGACAUUUGACCACCGCAUUCUAGAGACCAGAGCCUCAAAAAGUGAUUAAGUUAUUGAUCUCAAUUAAAAGAAAUAGGCCUUGUUCGACCACUCUCGACUUGACCGUUUAAUAUGCUCUCAAGUGGUGGAUGUCUCCAUGAUGUAAGAGUGGCUAAGCUAUUAAGGAUGGCAAUAACGGGAAACAACGAUUUUGCUUAAUAACAGUAAACAACAAAAUCAUGAUAUUGAAUAAACCAGUUUUAAAGGUUAGAGGUCCUGCGGAGAAUUCCUGAUAGAACUUGAGGCGCUGGACAGAAAUGUUAACUUGGAACGCUGAUGAAGAACGAGCUGCUUGUCUGACCUUGAUUUUUGUUCCUUCCUAAAGUUAUACUGAAAUGUUGCAAAUUUUUUUCCCAUGUACACCGGCUACAUUGCAGGCUACACUGAUGAAGAACCUGUUCAUCUUUCAGACCUUAGAGACUUUUUUGAGAAUGGG